AUGCAAACUAACUCAAAUGCCUCAAACUAUAAUAAAUUAUACAUAUAUAAAUCAUCAACAAACCAUACUGCCCCUAUUACUCAAACAUGGAUAAUUGAGAAAAUUUUUGUUUCAAAUUUACCUCUAAUAAAUGCAUCAGUGCAGAAGCAAGCUGUAGAAAUUAUUAAUGACACAAAUAAGAAGCUUGCUAAAUGUCAAAGGGCCUAUAAUGCAACAAAUAAUUCAGAAGCCUGA